UUUAGUUCUGAAACAUGAAAGAAAAAGACAUGAAUCCAAAUGCAGAUCACCCUGAAAACUAAAUAACUCGACAGGUUACAGGAGAGCAGCACAAACACAUGCAGUUUCGUGAGAAAAAUCCCAGGAAUCUUCACCAAGACUCCUGUUCUUAUUCAAACCCAAAAACACACACAAAAAAAAAAGUAACCCCACCAUCUCAUCUUUAUUCCCCCAUAAUUCCGAAUCCAUCGAAACUGGCGCGAUCACUCGAUCUCACUCACCAACCUUUUCCAUUUUACACUUGACCUUAGUAAGCCGUACUCUUGUGGGCUCACUGAUAGCUUCAAGCUUCUGCAAAGAUUUUGCUUAGAAACAGCAAAGACAAAAAACCAUUGCGUGGUGGCUCGUCGUACUAGCUGAUGGCGCCACCUUUGCAUGGCUUCCCUUGCCGGUGACGGGAAAAGCCGACCGGUGAACCGCCCUGACGGCGAGCCGGAGACGACGGUGAGCCGGGUCAUGGCGUGUCCGUACGUGUUCCGUGCACAGGCGCCGCCGGCGAUGGCCAAGGAGGCAAUGGCGACACCGACACGGCCGCAGGUCAGGGAGACGUGGCCGGCGGGUGGCGGCGGCGGCGGCGGUGGUUGGAUGGGCGUUGGCUCCGGCGAGAGGGUGGCGAGCGCGUACGACCUCGUGGAGCAGAUGCACUACCUGUACGUGCGCGUCGUCAGGGCGCGCGGGCUCACGGCGGCGGCGAGCACGGUCGCCGGCGGCGGCGGGUGCAACCCGUACGUGGAGGUGCGGCUCGGGAACUACCGGGGCACAACGCGGCACCACGAGCGGAAGGCGGCGCCGGAGUGGAACCAGGUGUUCGCCUUCUCGCGGGAGCGCGUCCAGGCCUCGGUGCUCGAGGUGUUCGUCAGGGACAAGGACGCCGUGGCGGCGGUGGCGCGAGACGGCUACGUUGGAAGGGUCGCGUUCGAUGUCGGCGAGGCGCCCGUGCGCGUGCCGCCGGACAGCCCGCUCGCGCCGCAGUGGUACCGCCUCGAGGACGUCGGCGGCGGAGGCGGCAGGGCGGUGCAGGGAGAGGUCAUGCUCGCGGUGUGGGUCGGCACGCAGGCCGACGAGGCGUUCGCGGACGCGUGGCACGCCGGCGCGGCGUCGGUGCGCGGAGGCGGCGACGGCGUGGCGGCCGUGCAGAGCACGCGGUCCAAGGUGUACGUGACGCCGAAGCUGUGGUACCUCCGGAUAAGCGUGCUCGAGGCGCAGGACGUCGUCCCGGGCGCCGUCGCCGGCGCAGGCGGCGACAAGGGACGGCACGGCGAGGCCUUCGUCGUCGUCAAGGUGCAAGUCGGCGGCGUGACGCUCCGGACCAAGCCGUGCUGCCGCCCGACGAGCCCAUCGUGGAACGAGGAGCUGGUGUUCGUCGUGGCGGAGCCGUUCGACGAGCCGGCGGUGCUCGUCAUCGAGGCCCGGGCGGCGCACCCGGGCAAGGACGAGAUCGUCAGCCGCGCCGUGCUGCCGCUCACCCUCUUCGAGAGGCGCCUCGACCGGCGCGGCGCGGCCGCGGCCACGCACACGCAGUCGCAGUGGUUCAGCCUGGAGCCGUUCGUGCACCGGCCGCGACACUCGCCGGAGGAGCCCGCCUUCGCCGGCCGCGUGCACCUCCGGGCGUGCCUCGACGGCGCCUACCACGUCAUGGACGAGCCCGCCAUGUACGCCAGCGACACGCGCCCCACGGCGAGGCAGCUGUGGCGCCCGCCCAUCGGCGUGCUCGAGGUCGGCGUCCUCGGCGCGCAGGGCCUCCCCCCGAUGAAGACCGCCGCCGACGGCGGCCGGGGCACCACCGACGCGUACUGCGUCGCCAAGUACGGCCACAAGUGGGUGCGCACCCGCACCGUCGUCGACUCCUCCACCCCGCGGUGGAACGAGCAGUACACCUGGGAGGUCUACGACCCGUGCACGGUGCUCACGCUCGCCGUGUUCGACAACUGCAACCUCGGCAAUGGCGGCGGCGGCGGCAAGGACCAGAGGAUCGGCAAGGUGAGGAUACGCCUCUCGACGCUGGAGAUGGACAGGGUGUACACCAACGCGCACCGGCUCGUGGUGCUGCACCCGUCGGGGUUGCGCAAGAACGGCGACGUCUGCCUCGCCGUGCGCCUCACCUGCCUGUCCCUCGCCAGCGUCUUGCGCCUCUACGGCGAGCCGCUCCUCCCCGGGGCGCACUACGUCCACCCCUUCGCCGUCGCGCAGCUCGACGGCCUCAGGCGGCAGGCGGUGGGCGUCGUGGCGGCGCGGCUGGGCCGCGCCGAGCCGCCGCUGCGGCGGGAGGUCGUGGAGUACAUGCUCGACGCCGGCUCCCACCUGUGGAGCAUCCGGCGGAGCAGGGCCAACUUCCUCCGCGCCACGGCGCUGCUCUCCGGCGCCGCCGGCGCGGCGCGGUGGCUCGCCGACGUGUGCCACUGGAGGAGCCCCGCGACGACGAUCCUCGCGCACCUCCUGCUCGUCACCUUCGCCUGCUUCCCGGAGCUCAUCCUGCCGACCGCGUUCCUCUACGCGUCCGUGGCCGGCGCCUGGAGCUAUCGGCGGCGGCCGCGCCGCCCGCCGCAGGCGGACGCGGGGCUGUCGUGCGCCGAGGCGGCCGGCGCCGACGAGUUCGACGAGGAGGCGGACACGUUCCCGACGUCGAGGCCCGACGGCGUGGUGCGCGCGCGGUACGACCGGCUGCGGACGGUGGCCGGGAGGAUCCAGGCGGUGGUCAGCGACGUGGCGACGCAGGGGGAGCGGGUGCGGUCGCUGCUGGCGUGGAGGGACCCGAGGGCGACGGCGGUGUUCACGGCGGCCUGCCUCGCCGCCGCCGUCGUGGCGUACGCCACGCCGCCCCGGGUGGUGGCGCUCGUCGCCGGGCUGUACCUGCUCCGCCACCCGCGGUUCCGGAGCCGGAUGCCGUCGGCCGCCGGCAACUUCUUCAAGAGGCUGCCGUCCCGCGCCGAUACCAUGCUAUAGUAUAUGAUGCGUCGUUUCUUGUGUCUUAUGAUGUUAUAAAACUUUUUUUUUCUUGUAAUUCAUCGCCAAUGAUGCUUGCACAUUCAUAUACCCAGAUAAAAGUCUUCAAAAUCGCAAACAAUACAAUUUA